UCAAAAUUUGUACCCAUUCUAAAGCUUUUCAUCCAAAUUUUUUUCUUCACUCUCUUCACCCCCACCAGAGAGUUACCUAGAAAUAAAAUUGUAUUCUUCAAUUAGGUUGUUUGGACCUUCCAAGUUGCAAUUCUUUAACAUUCUACGAACUGCUCAUUCAUUUCUCAAUCUCAAAACUGCUCAUUCAUCAGGAAGGUUUUACCCGUAGACCAAGAGGAAACUUUGGAGAGUACGAAAAUGAUUGAUAAAGUAGCUUUAUUUCUGAUUUUAGGCAUCAAAUGAUUCAAAGAUGAUGAAGACAAGCUUGGAAAAUUUAUUAAAACUCAUUUUUUUAAAGAUUGUUGGGGAUGGAUAAGUUGGUUUGGCUCUAAAAAUGUAUGGGAUUGAUUGUUCAAGAGGCCUCCUAAAGCUGCGAUUGAUGUAACUCUUAGCUUUCUUGGACUACGCAAAUUUGGAUUCUGCAUGUGAUGAUUAUCAAUUUUGUCUAUUCUUUUUUGAGGGAAAUUUAUCCAAAUUUGCUCUAAAUAUUAUCAUCCAAGUGGUGUUCCUCCUUUCAUGUUAAAGAUUUUCAGACUCCUAUACAACAAAUCAGAAGAAAGUAAAUCAAGCUCACGCUUCGUGGUUCAAGCUUGGGGGUUGAGGAUCGCAGUAGGUUGAAACCAGGGCAACUGAUCAGCCGUGAUUUGAAUAGCCUAUCUCAAAUAAUAAGGAAACAAGAUAAGGUAAUACAACUAUAUAAUGACAUUGACAAAGCAAAAUAUCCAUUGAAUGCUUUCUCAUGGAAAUUAUCUAGAAGUAGCAUACAUGAUUUAUGUUUCUUUCUUUUCUCUUGCCUUUGGGUUUUGUACGCGUUCAUGACACUCAUUUGUAUACAAGGUUUAAUCACCUUCUAAACUACGGAGCAGGUAGAUGACAUGUUUUAUGGAUAAAUCAAUUUAGGCUACUAAGAUCCAAUUUAAUUGCUUAUUGUGAAAGACAAGAUGCAAUUGUCGCUCUCUAACAGAAGCCUCUCAGCAUGCCGUUAGCAUUUGCUAAUUCAUGGCCUAUCAGUAUCUUCCUAUUGUUGAAUGGUGUAAUUUACAUGUGCAUUAAAGCUAUAAUGGUGUAAUUCAGGUCUUUUUUUUAUUUCAAAUAUAGCUCUCUUUGUAUUGUGCCCAUUUUUGGGGUUCUUGAUAGUUUGUGUUAUGCAUCAUAGAAUACUAUGUGUGGACUUUAUGUGGACUUUCUUCAGAAGUUAAGAAAUAUUGAAAGGCCAUUGCUGCUAUUCUGGCUAAUACCUUAGGUGCUGUGGAUGACUUAUAGAUUAUGUCUGUAUACUUAUAAUAAUAUUCAUACAAAUGAGUUAUAAGAACAGAGAGUGUCGAGUUCAUGCCUUUCUCAUUGUCUUUCUUCCUCACAUUGAGUGCAAUUUUUAUAGUUUCCUUAUGGUCUUAUACUGAUAGACAUAUAUCGCAGUAAGUAAUUCUAAAUUGUAUGUUGUAUGCACGAAAUAUAGCAGGAUCCAUAUUUGGCAGGUACUCUAACUUCUGUUGCCAUUGUGUUAUGUUAACAAUUUCGCUUUGUUUGGUACUUAAGCUUGGAUUCAUGCCCCACAUUUAUAUAUUUCGUGUUCGUCAUGUUUUAAUUUCUGACGUAGUUAGGGAUUGGAACCUUAAAACAGAUAGAUUCUCAUUUAAUCUAAGCCACAUUUAGGGUAUGCAGGUACAAUUCAUUUGGUUCUACUUACCAUUUUCGUUAUUUUGGAGAAAAGUGCAGCAAGUAUAUAAUCUCUUCUCUCUGUCACUAUUGAAUUAUUUGAAGAGGUUUUGGGUAUUGGUUUGCAGAAAUUAGAGUGCUAAGAACUCUAGAACUUAGAUUAUCAACUUCAAAUCUAACUCCAUUAAAAAUGAAAACUUGAAGUUAACAUGCUCAAUUUAGAGAGGCACGUCUGCAUUAUAAUUAACAUGAAUGGAUUACUUACACGUCUGCAUUCUUAAAAAUCUCAACCAAUAAGGGAAACAAUCAAAUCCUUAAGGUUAUUGAGUUUGGUUCUUGAUGUCUCACAGAUUUCGGGUUCACAAACUUUGGAUUGUACACUGACGAUUCUAAAUUUUCUAUACUUUUUUCUUAUUGGAGUUAAACAAGUGUUUUUGUUAAAUUGCUUUUGUGUUUACGCUUCAAAUUAGGGGUCCAUCUGUGGUUACAUGGUUUUGAGUCAAUCUUUAUAUUUGGGAAGAUUGUGCAUAAGAGAUUUCAUGCUUACGCUUUGAAGAUUUUUAUGGUUGCUCGAGCUUCAAGUCGGACUUAGUCCAAUUACCAUGUGCCUUGGCUUUGCAUUUUCCUUAUGUUGCCUUUCCCAUUAUGCAUCAUUGUGCUGUGAGGAUACAUCUUUUCUUGACCAAGUUGUAAGGGACUAACCCCAGGUAUGGUUAGUGCUUAAUAAAAAACAGGUAUAGUUAAAAGAUUUCAUGCUUAAUCUUUGAAGAUUUUUGUUGAUUGAGCAGUUACGGUGGUCAAUAGAAGAUAGCGUUUUGAUCUUCUACAAGAAUAGAAAUGUUUUUUUUCAUGGAAUGCUGUGAUCUGUGGGUGUGCAGAUAUAAAUGGUUUGCGGGGCAUGUGGUUGCAAUGGAUGUACUUGGUCACCUACAAAGUGCGGUGGUCUGUUGCGCAGGUGAGAAAUUCAUUUCCUUAGAGUACAUUUGAAAAUUUUCUUCUGGCAGUGGUAAGUUCUCUACCGUUAUAACUAUUUUUUGUUGUUGUCAUGUUACUUGAAGUAAUUACAACCUUUUUAUAUAAGCCAAGGCUCUGUGAGAUACUUUUCCUGUUUCAGAUAAGUCAUUAGCAUGUAUCUGGGUGAAAUUCUUCAUCGUCAGCUGGAUACGGGAAAGUGGAUACAAAUAGAUUCUUGGUGUUGUGAGUGUAUGGCCACGACUUAUAUGGCCAUGUUUGAUAAGGGUAAAAAUUGAAUGAUGCUUUUCUGAUCCGAAUUACGAACUAGAGGGAUGUGAUUUGCUGGACUGUGAGAUGUUUCAGAAUGGCAGAUGAAAGUUGGUAUCACAUAGGAACAUUUCUGGCUCAAAUUUAAGAAGGCAAACGAUGUGACCUACUGUGGAACGGUUCUUACAUCAAUUAUGACAAUAUAGUAGAGUGGCUGGGGGUUGCUUUUUUUUUGCUUAUAUUUAUGCUUAGAAAUAGUAUAGCUAAGUUGACGAUGCUAUUAAGGAAUUAUCAACUCACUUUGGUUGGAGGAACUGCUUUUGGUUUCCCAAUUGAUUGUUUAAACAAUUCAACAAGUGCAAGUUUCCUGUGUUUGUUUUUUCUUUUUGGUUCUAUUUUGCAUUAUAAAUGCUUGCUCAAUGCUAACUGCCACCAUAUUUCACCUAACAUGGUAACAAAAACUGGGUCUUUCUUUUAGUCCUACUUGGGUUAUGAAACCAGAGUGAACCACUCCUUGCCUUGAAACCAUCAUUUAGAGGUCAAGAAUGUUUGGAAAAAGUGACAUGCCAACAUCACUAUGAAUGGAUCAAACUCUGUACAGCAUAAUGAUAGCGCAGAGGAUGGCUCAAAGUUGAGACAGCUGAUCGUUUUGCAGCGAUAAUGUUUACUUAUCCAUGUAGUUAAUGAAAGUUAUGUAGGCUUGCAGGGUAUUUGUGUAUCCACCACAAGAUCGGAAAAAACUGUGUUCAUCAUCGACGCUAUGAUAAUUGGAAAAGUGUAUUUCUGCUCAUGCUAACUAUGACAUUUGUGUAUAUAUUGAUUACUUGUGAGUUAUGAAAGCUUAGCACCGGCUCAGCGACUCAAACAGGGAACUAAUGCUUAACCGAACCUAAAUCAGACUAUAUUCCCGGUGCGAAGCACGGGUUACUAUCUAGUUUUCCUAUGAACCCUAACCUCGUCGAGCACGAGCACUAAGGCGGAGUCCCUUAGAUGGGAACCAACAACUUUAAAACGGACUCUCUUGCUUUUCUUGGAGCUCUUUAGUUUACGCGGAAGUUCCAUCCAUGGCUGCUACGAGGAGCAGAACAAGCAGUUUCUCUCGGAAUCAAUCCACUUCACCUUUAUCUCAGAUACCUGGAAUCAAGCCUGGACCUAAUGGAGUCACUUAUGUAUCCUCUGGAAUCCCAGACCUUGAUAAGAUUUUAGGAGGUGGGUUUCCAUUAGGAAGUUUAGUAAUGAUAAUGGAAGAUGCAGAAGCACCACAUCAUUUAUUAUUAUUAAGGAAUUUCAUGUCGCAAGGACUUCUACAUAAUCAACCGCUUCUUUAUGCGAGUCCUUCCAAAGACCCAAGAGCUUUUCUUGGUACUUUACCUAGUCCCGUUUUGUCGAAAGACGAGAAAAGUCGCAGCAGUAUUGAUCAAGAACAGGAGAAGGGUUUAAGGAUUGCUUGGCAGUACAAGAAGUAUUUUGGGGAGAAUCAACAAAAUUUGGAUAGAAAUGCGACUGAGUACUGCAAUGAAUUUGACUUGCGCAAACCACUCGAGAGGCAUAUAUUGAAUGCGCAGCGAAUUGAGUGUUUUAGUAUCCAAGAGUCGCCAAGUCUUUCAGCUUUUCGUGAUCGAUGUUCUUCAUUCUUAACUCAAACUUCAAGGAAUGAUGGUGGAACUAUAUGUCCGGGUAGAAUUGCCAUACAAUCAUUCUGUGCUCCACAAUGUUGCUAUUCUGAGAUGGAAUGGGAUAUGCUUUCCUUUGUUAGGUCUCUGAAAAGCAUGGUACGGUCUUCAAAUGCAGUUGCGGUGAUUACUUUUCCGCCAUCGCUUCUUUCAUCUUCCUUCUCUAAGAGAUGGCAGCAUAUGGCAGAUACCUUGCUUGCAGUCAGAGCAAUCCCAGACAAGGAUAAAGACUUGGCAAAACUCCUAACUGGCUACCAGGAUAUGGUUGGUUUUCUUCAUGUGCACAAAGUAUCCCAGAUCAAUACACAGGUUCCUGUAAUUCUCGAGGCAACAACAUUCUCAAUAAAGCUCCAACGGCGUAGAUCUUUGGUCCUAGAGAGGCUAAACCAAGCCCCAGUUGAUGGUUCAAGUGGUAGUUCACACGAUGUAUCAGGCAGCUGCGGUGGUGGUUCAAAGUCAUCCAUCCUUGAUUUUUAGUUCUAUAAUCUCAAUGAUGAAAACGAAAGUUUGGGUGUUCAAUCCUGGGCGAUGUGUGGUUCACAAUUUGGAGUUCGUGUUGUCCAACAGGAUCUAUGAAAUUCUGGGUUUCUGCAUUCGUCGGGGCACUUCAAGGACAUAAAAUCGUACCGAGUGUGCUUUGGAGGGCUCAUGAGAAGGACUUGUUCAGUGCACUGAUUUUUGGGGCAUACAGUGUCUUUGUGAACUAAUUACUUGAUUGAUGUGAAAUAGCUCCUACGGUUUAUCUUCCAUAUUUAAAAAGUUAAAAGAGAAUA